AUGCUGCCGCUGCUGCUGCCCCUGCUGUGGGCGGGGACCCUGGCUCAGGAGGAACGGCACAGCCUGAGAAUACAGCAGUCCGUGACGGUGCAGGAGGGCCUGUGCGUCUCUGUGCCCUGCGCCUUCGUCCACCGAGAUUUCACACGGUAUAAUAACCCAGCUCAUGGCUACUGGUUCCGGGAAGGAGCUAAUGACUGGGAGGCUCCCGUGGCCACAAACAACCAAGGUCGUAACGUGGAAGAGGCGACCAGGGGCCGAUUCCACCUCCUCGGGGAUCCCAGGACCUACAACUGCUCCCUGAACAUCAGAGACGCCAGGAGGACUGAUGGCGGAGUGUACUAUUUUCGCGUGGAGGGAGGAAGAUAUGUGGCAUAUUCAUACAAGAAACACAUGCUCUCUGUGCAUGUGACAGCCCUCAACCACACCCCUGACAUCCUCGUCCCGGGGGCCCUGGAGUGUGGCCGCCCCACGAACCUGACCUGCUCUGCGCCCUGGGCCUGUGAGCGGGGCACGCCCCCCCUCUUCUCCUGGACGUCCGCUGCCCCCGCCGCCCUGGGCCCCAGCACCCGCCUGUCCUCCGUGCUCACCCUCAGCCCACGGGCCCAGGACCACGGCUCCGCCCUCACCUGUCAGGUGCAGUUCCCCGCAGCGGGUGUGACCGUGGGGAGGACCGUCCGGCUCAACGUCAGCUGUGAGUGCUGUCCUGGAGGACAAGGUCCCCCUGGGAGCGGAAGGACUCAGGAGAGCAGUCAAGCAAGUGGCCCUGCAGGAAAAUCGGGGCCCGGGGCCCAGGUGGUGCUGGUGGCCAUCGGGGAAGCAGCUGCCAAGACCCUGCUCCUCCUCCUCUGCCUCCUGGUCCUCACACUGGAACACCCCGGUCUCUUCUCCCAGAGCCAGGUGCCACCGGAGGAAGGUGACGAGGCCCCCAAGGGGCGUGAGAGACGCAAACGCAGUCUCCGGGUAAUGCCUCAGGGGCCGGGCCUCUGUGACUCUGAGGCUUUGCUCGUGCGCUUCCUUCUGCCCAACGGCCCCACGUCUCCAAGAGCCCAGACACCCUCCUAGUCAGAGAUGCUGCCGCUGCUGCUGUCCCUGCUGUGGGCGGGGACCCUGGCUCAGGAGGAACGGCACAGCCUGAGAAUACAGCCGUCCGUGACGGUGCAGGAGGGCCUGUGCGUCUCUGUGCCCUGCUCCUUCGUUCCUCCAGAUUUCACCUGGUAUUAUGACAGCCCAGCUCAUGGCUACUGGUUCCGGGAAGGAGCUAAUUACUGGGAGGCUCCCGUGGCCACAAACAACCAGGAUCGUAACGUGGAAGAGGCGACCUGGGGCCGAUUCCACCUCCUCGGGGAUCCCAGGACCUACAACUGCUCCCUGAACAUCAGAGACGCCAGGAGGACUGAUGACGGAGUGUACUAUUUUCACGUGGAGGGAGGAAGACAUGUGGCACAUUCAUACAAGAAACACAUGCUCUCUGUGCAUGUGACAGCCCUCAACCGCACCCCUGACAUCCUCGUCCCGGGGGCCCUGGAGUGUGGCCGCCCCACGAACCUGACCUGCUCUGCGCCCUGGGCCUGUGAGCGGGGCACGCCCCCCCUCUUCUCCUGGACGUCCGCUGCCCCCGCCGCCCUGGGCCCCAGCACCCGCCUGUCCUCCGUGCUCACCCUCCGCCCACGGGCCCAGGACCACGGCUCCGCCCUCACCUGUCAGGUGCAGUUCCCCGCAGCGGGUGUGACUGUGGGGAGGACCGUCCGGCUCAACGUCAGCUAUGCGCUUCGGAACCUGACCAUAUUCCGAGGAGACGGCACAGGAUCUGAGGUUCUGCGCAACGGCUCGUCUCUCCGAGCCCAGGAGGGCCAGCCCCUGCUCCUGGUCUGUAGAGCUGACAGCCACCCGCCCAGCAGUACGAGGUGGACCCGGGGCAGCCUGACCCUGAGCUGCCUGGAGCCAGGGGUCCUGAAGCUGACCCAGGAGGAACUGGGGGGCAAUGGGACGUCCGUCUGUUGAGCUCAGCAGCACGGGUCGGCCUCCCUGGAAGCCUCCCUGACCCUCCUGGUGAAGAACGCCCCCCAGCUGCUGGGACCCUCUUGCUCGCGGGAGGACCAGGGUCUGCGCUGCAGCUGCUCCUCCCGAGCCCAGCCGGCCCCCUCGCUGCGCUGGCGGCUGGGGGAGACGCUGCUGGAGGGGAACCACAGCGAUGCCUCCCACGCGGUCACCACGCACCCCGCGGGGCCCUGGGCCAACAGCUCCCUGAGCCUCCGCGGGGAGCUGAGUUCCAACCUCAGGCGCAGCUGCGAGGCCCAGAAUGCCCACGGGAGACAGGCCGUGACUGUCCUGCUGCUGCCAGGACAGGGGAGACCAGCAGACAGGACAGGAGUGAUUCUGGGGGCUCUCGGGGGGAGCUGGUGCCACAGCCCUGCUCGCUGUCUGCCUCGGCCUCAUCCUAGCCACCUGGAUGCCCCCUCCGCCCCCGACCUGCCCCCGGCGGUGGCCGCCUCCGACUCAGAGCGUGAGCUCUAUUACAAUGCUCUCCAUCUCCCCAACACGAAGCCACAGGACCCUCAGGCCCAGGAGACCACCCUGUACUCUGAGAUCGCGAUCCAGAAAUGGUGA